GAGCGACCUCCGGGCGCGACAAUUAGCUCUCAGGCAGAGACCAUCAAAGAAGUGAGGAUCCAGCAACUAAGUCCUCAAGACUUACCGGAGGCAAGGAUUCCCUGACACAGCAGGAAAGUAGUUUGCAGCUCACAAUGCCAUUCCGAACUACUUUACUUCCUUUGGAAAGGUCUCCUGCAAAGGAACCACCAGCCAGGACCGAGAUCCACUCCAGAAUAGGAGCACUGCCAUGAAACAGGAACCAAGCAUCACAAGAACACCUGAAGCGACCACCGUACAGCUUAGCAGAUCGACCUCCUCCACGACAAAAAUAAGGAAGCCAUCUCCAGCAGACUGGUCCAGAUACAGGAUCUCUUGCAAGCAGAAGAACCAGGCAUGA